GCUCAGAUGGCCGACAAGCCCAAGAAGCGAGCGCUGAAAACCUACAUCUGGGACACAUGGGAUAAACCACCAGAAGAGAGGCGGUUCUUGUUCAAACUUGACGCCUGCCUCUUAACAUAUGCGGCGCUGUCAUAUUUCAGCAAGUAUCUCGAUCAGCAGAAUGUCACGAACGCGUAUGUCUCGGGGAUGCAAGAAGACCUUGGCCUACACGGCAAUGAAUUAAAUUACAUCACGACUGCGUGGACAUGUGGAUAUGUCAUUGGACAGAUUCCCUCAAAUAUGCUGAUCACAAGAAUCCGCCCCUCGCUAUGGAUCCCGCUUAUGGAGGUGAUUUGGAGUGUACUCACAAUGACACUGGCUGCGUCGAAGAACUUCAGCACACUUGUGGCCAUUCGGUUCUUCGUCGGCCUAGCGGAGUCCACGUUCUAUCCCUCUAUCCAGUACGUGAUUGGUAGCUGGUACAAGCCUGAGGAGCUUGGUAAGCGGGCGUGCAUAUUCCAUACUGCAAGUGCCUUGGGUCCAAUGUUCAGCGGCUUCCUCCAAGCCGGCGCAUACGAUGGCUUGAACGGCAGAUUCGGCCUCGCGGGAUGGAGAUGGCUCUUCAUUAUUGACGGAAUUAUCACCGUCCCGAUCGCAAUACUGGGCUUCCUCAUCAUGCCAGACCUGCCGUCUAACACACCGCCCUCGAUGUUCUACACUCAGGCGCAGCUCGAGCUCGCUCAGCGCCGCAUGGAGGAAAUUGGCCGGAAGCCUCCAGCGCCGUUCACAAGGAAGAAGAUUAUUGGCUUCUUCCAGACGUGGCAUCUGUACCUGCUGACUCUCCUGUAUAUUCUGUUCAACAACGGUGGCAAUCCCGCAUCCUCAAUGAUUUUCUGGCUGAAGAGUUUCAAUACGCCUGAGAAAACGGUGUAUACCGUCGCACAAAUCAACACGUACCCAAUCCCCAUGUAUGCGGUACAAGUAGUCACCACACUUACAUGGGCAUGGUGGUCGGAUGCUGUGAAAGCCCGGUGGCCUCCAAUGGUACUUGCGGGGCUAUGGAACAUGGUCAAUUGCAUAGUGCUAGCAGCAACCCCCCUGUACACGCACAUAGCAAGGCGAUGGGUAUUCUACUACUUUACGAUAGUCACCGGAGGGCUUUCGGGACUGAUUCUCGCGUGGGCGAAUGAGUUGACAGGCCAUGACAGCGAGAAGCGUGCAUUCGUGGUUGGCUGUUGCAAUACCUUUGCAUACGUCGUUCAGACAUGGCUUCCGAUUGUACUCUUCCCGCAAGUCGAGCAACCUCGCGUGUUCAAGGGCAAUGUCGCGACGGCGGGAAUCAAUUUCGCGAUGGUUUGCACCGCCCUCACAGUGCUCUUCCUGUCCCGCCGCGAUGAACGCCGGGCCGCAAAGAAACAGGGCUUCGGAGGCGAGGCCACCUCGAGUGACAUCAUGCUGGAAGGCGAUGAGAAUGCAGACCCCACCAAGGUGAAGACGCAGGAGUCAGACCUUGUCGUCGAAAUAGAGGAGCUGAGGGCGUAG